AUGGCGCUAUGUGUCCGUUGCAGCAAUCUAAAGCUAUCAGUUGCUGACUUCUACCUCGACGAUGACGAAGCCAAGAGGACACCGAAUCCACGAAACGUGUUUGACCCAAUCACAAAAGAUGUUCGGCUAUGGAGUGAUUUGGAAGGCACCGAAGACUGUCCUCUCUGUCAAGCGAUCAAAGGUGCUGUAGAAAAUUCGCGCGUCGAUUGGCAGUCGUCUAAGCCACCUCAUUCUUGUGUUCUCAACCUGAAGAGAUUAUAUGGGUCAGGAGGUCAAGAGGCCGGGAACUACAAUGUCCGUUACCUCGAAAUCAUCGCAAACUAUGAUUGGACCACAUCGCACGGGAUUGAGUUGUUGCCGGUCGAGUCGGACGCGUAUCCUGAGUGUUUCCCUGGGCGUAUCGUGAACCCUUCUGGAAUCGAUGUUGGUCGUAUUCAAUCAUGGCUGUCCCAGUGUCAAAGCCAGCACGGGGAUAUCUGCCGUUACGCAGAGACCUCCAUUUUUCAACAGCUCCGUCCAAAUCUUCUUGUAUUUGACGUCGUGGAGCAGUGUCUAGUCACGCUACCCCCAGCUGCGCGGUAUCUUGCUCUCAGCUACGUCUGGGGGAAAAUGCAGGACCCAACGACUCUAACGAAGAAUGUAGAGUCAUUCAAGGUUGCAAAAGGGUUGUCGACAAUCUACCCUCAACUGCCCAAGGUCAUUCUGGAUACUGCUAGAUUGGUGGCAGACUUGGGAGAGCGAUUCCUUUGGGUGGACGCUUUGUGUAUCGUCCAAGACGACGCUAACCACAAAGACCUGUUGAUCAACUCCAUGCAUACAAUAUACGAAAAUGCACUCCUGACCAUCUUUGCCUCUGCCGGGGCUGAUUCCAGCGCGGGUCUUCCUGGGAUGCACCCAACACCCCGGGGAUCUUCACAGCUCGUUGUGGAGGUUGCCCCUGACUUAAAACUCGUUUCUCCGAUACGUUACCAAAACAUCAAGAAGUCAAAAUGGGAAUCCCGCGGGUGGACAUAUCAGGAGUACUUCUUUUCUCAGCGUCGGCUGCUCUUCGUCGAAGGACAAAUCGUGUACAGGUGUAACAAGGUCCGAUGGAGAGAGGAUAUCGCUCAGGAGCACCUGGCAAAGGAAAUCACCCAUUUUCAAGUCGAUGGCGCUGGGAGUCGUACAGACUGGGAUCCACCCGCCGUGAAAUAUCCAAACGCACCAACAAAAAAUUGGAGUCGUUAUCAUCUCAACACCUACGUCCAGACGUACCUCGACCGGGAUCUAACAUUCGACGGCGAUAUACUAUCAGCCUUUGCCGGGAUUACCAACGAGGCCGAGAAUAGGCAACUGCCAACAUGCUGGGGUCUAACCAAGAAACACAUUGGUAUGGACAUACUUUGGAUGCCUUGCAAAUGGGUCACCCGGCGUCCUGGCUUUCCCAGCUGGUCUUGGGCUGGCUGGAAAGGCCCCAUUAUAUGCUACACCAGUUCCGACCAUGGUCUAUCGUCUGAGAAAAUAUGGCAACAACGGAAAUCUUGGAUCGAUUUCUACAUCUUCAACAAGGAUGCUGGCCGGUUUCAGUUGCUGUCAACAGGCUAUUUGCCGCAGGAAGAAGCCACGGUAGUGAAACUGGAGGAAUCAGAGCGUCAAUAUCAGAAGCGACUCAAAGACAUGAUGCAAGCAAGAGGCGAUGACAGUGACAACAGUGUCGACAGCCCAGCCGAUACGUUCGACGCGGGAGUCCUUGCGUCUCUACUCUGGAGACUCUGCCACAGCCACACCGUGGUCACACCCUCUGAGUUAGAACCCCCCUACGCGAUGUCCUACACCCCGACAAUUGAUGACCAGACCCUCCUUUUUCAGACAUUGACCGCGUAUGUACACAUAUCCACGCUGGGUCCAAACGGAAUCCCGUCACUUCCGCCUCGUGACGGCCAGCUUCUCCUCCCUUCCGCUCCGACACUGCACCUCUACGCAGGUGACGGCUCACAUAUUGGUUGCGCCUGGGCGCACACGCAAGAGCUUUUCGACAAAGUUGCAGCGCACGAUCUGAGCCUGGUGCAUGAUCCAUCAUCAGAUAUCUUGCAGAUAGAAGUCGCGCUCCUCGCCGGCGCUCUAGAGGGCGAUUGGCGUACGCGGAACGAGAAGCCCAGCACUUAUGAGUACAUGCUGGAGCUAGCAACCGCCGGGCUUAACUUGGGGGUACUGUACGCACUAUAUGAGAAGAGGUUGUCAUACGAGCAGGCCAUUGCUCGAAUCUAUGUUGAAAUGGUCCGUGAGCGCCAGGCGGCGGAAGGGAAUGCCGCAGAAGUCGAGACACGCUUGACAGUCGGCUUCUGGCAGGAGUUGGAGGCGCGCAUCGCUCUUCAGGACCUCAAGAACACGUUCCCGGGACACUGCGAGGAGACGCUGCGGCCCAUCAUUGAGGGGCUUACGGCCGCGGGAUCAGGCAUGAGGGCGAAGAAGGGGCAAAAGUUCCUGAAGCUGAUGUUGAUCGGGGACCUGUGUCAUGGAGAAACUAGUGGAAGCGGGGGUAUCAAAGAGAAGGUUGGCAUGGGAGAGAUCAGGGACGAUGCGCUAGGAUUAAUGCGUGGAUUGGCAUGCCGGGAUGUAAUGUUGAAAUAA